AUGUACACGUAUAGUGUCGGGGUAAAGGACCAUGAACCCGCAGCUGGGGGCGGGCUCCUCGAAGGUGCGGAGCUGCCAAAGGCCAAGGAAGCAGAACCAGAGUUGUACACGGUGACAAGCAUCACCUCGGUGGCACUUCGGCGAGGCUACACCAUCAGCAACAUCGACGAAGCAUACAUGGUGUAUGAGCUCGAUGUAACGUCGCAGUUCCAAGGGAGCCCCGACCUUGCUGGCACGCCCGUGGUUCGGAGGCACAGCGUGCGCAAGCGGUACAGCGAGCUGCAUGCACUCCACUGCCAUCUGGAGAAGGCCCAGCCCAAGCUGAAGUUGCCCUCGUUUCCGUACAAGCUACAGAUACUGAACUUGGACACCGACGGCCUGAAGCGGAAGAAGGCCCUGGCUGAUUACCUGGACUUUCUCGCAGCCGAUGUUAUGCUCAUCAACUGUCUCCACGACAAGUCGCCUGAGGCGCCCGUUGUGUUGCGCGUAACACCACUUCAGGCAAUGAGCAUCGCUACCACGAAGAAAAGCGGCAUCCCGGAUGCGUUUUGUAGGCUGACCAUGUACGACACGACAUUCAAGAAGAUCGGGCAGGUCUCCCGCACGCUCACGGCGCACAACGGGCGCAGCUUGGAGCCGCAGUGGCAGGACCAGGAGUGUUGCUUCGAACUGCCCGACUCGUGUGCCGGGGUGACGCUGAGCCUCUGGCACCACAACAUCAUCUUCUCGGACGUAUUCCUGGGUCGCAUUUGUCUGGAGCGCCACACUCUUCCGCGCAACAAGUCGGUGGAGCAUUGGUUCCCGCUUCACCCCACGGAGAACAUUCGCGGUGUGGAUGUGACAGGGGCCAUCCAACUGCGAGUUGAUUUCAAGCUGGAGGAGCGGACCACGCAUCGAAUCAAGCGCGAGAAGCUCUACUCCACGGGGCAGCUCCACAUUCGUUAUCUCUACCAUCCGCCGCAGGGCCACGGGAAGGCUACCUGCAGAUCGAAGAGAGGCAGCGACGACAUGAUCACUCCGCUCCAGUCCACGGCCAAGGAAGGCGAACCCAAGAAGACAGGCGAGAGGAGAGACAUUCCCGAAAUCGCACUCGGCGUCACCGAGGGGCGCACGGUGGUGAGUAAAAGCAAGACCGCGCCUCGCUUCGACAAGAAGUUCCACUUCUUCCUCUACCCUUCCGCCUCGUCGUCUCCAUCGGACGUGCCCGACUGCGUCAAGCUGUCCCUGUGGUCCCACGUCAUCUUCGGUACGCAACCAUUGCUGCCCACACUGACUUGUUGA